AUGAGUAUCACCACCAGUAUCAUUACCAGUAUCACCACCACUAUCAUUACCAGUAUCACCACCACUAUCAUUACCAGUAUCACCACCAGUAUCAUUACCAGUAUCACCACCAGUAUCAUUACCAGUAUACACCACCACUAUCAUUACCAGUAUCACCACCACUAUCAUUACCAGUAUCACCACCUCUAUCAUUACCAGUAUCACCACCACUAUCAUUACCAGUAUCACCACCACUAUCAUUACCAGCAUCGCCACCAGUAUCAUUACCAGUAUCACCACCACUGUCAUUACCAGUAUCACCACCAAUAUCAUUACCAGUAUCACCUCCGCUAUCAAUACCAGUAUCACCACCAGUAUCAUUACCAGUAUCACCACCACUAUCAUUACCAGUAUCACCACCACUAUCAUUACCAGUAUCGCCACCAGUAUCAUUACCAGUAUCACCACCACUAUCAUUACCAGUAUCAUCACCACUAUCAUUACCAGUAUCGCCACCAGUAUCAUUACCAGUAUCACCACCACUAUCAUUACCAGUAUCACCACCAGUAUCAUUACCAGUAUCACCUCCACUAUCAUUACCAGUAUCGCCACCAGUAUCAUUACCAGUAUCACCACCACUAUCAUUACCAGUAUCACCUCCACUAUCAUUACCAGUAUCACCACCACUAUCAUUACCAGUAUCACCACCACUAUCAUUACCAGUAUCACCACCUCUAUCAUUACCAGUAUCACCUCCACUAUCAUUACCAGUAUCACCACCAGUAUCAUUACCAGUAUCACCUCCACUAUCAUUACCAGUAUCACCUCCACUAUCAUUACCAGUAUCACCACCACUAUCAUUACCAGUAUCACCACCAGUAUCAUUACCAGUAUCACCACUACUAUCAUUACCAGUAUCACCACCAGUACUUCCACCAAUAUUACCACCAGCAUCACGACCAAUUAUCUCCAACAGUAUCAUUUCCAUUGGUGUUCCACAAGGCUCUGUUCUAA